AUGACCACCAGCUCCACGACGCAGCCAUUCGCAAUCCCCGACUACAUGAGCCAACAACCGUCUCCAGCUAGUUCGGGCUCGCCCACAUCCCCUCGCAUGCACGAUUACAUUCAACAGCAUGCGCCCAACCCCUACAAGCAGCUCCGGCCGCUCAAGUCUCCCCUCUACGUUCCUGCGGCCCUGCGGCCAACCGAGCACUUCGGAAACCCUUCUCCUAUGACCCCACCGAAGAGUCUGCAUGGCUCGUUGGACAGUCUGCAAGAAGACGAAGGUCAGACCGUGAGUCCGGACCAUCAAGACGAGCUGGGUCUGGAAGCCUUCGACCCUGAUUGGGUUCAGGAGGAGGCUUUGGGUGAAGUGACGGGCCCGCCAACCCGAGAACACUGGAAGCCCGACGAAGCUUCACCAACUUGUGACUCGCCACAAUGUCGAUCCUCGUUCAGUCUGUUUCUUCGGAAACACCACUGUCGCCACUGUGGUCAUAUCUUCUGCUCCUCUCACACGCCCUUUACGAUUCCUCUCGACCAGUCUGCCCAGUUCCACCCUGACGGCAUCCCCUCGAGAGCAUGCGAAGUAUGCCAUCGGCAGUAUCAACGCUGGGACACGGCCAGGUCCAUCCGCCGCAAAAACAGCCAGAACAGCAAGGAUGAUGGCAGCAACGGCAGCGGCCCUCCAACGCCUCUCGCGGGACCGACGGGCCACCGAAGGAUGAUUUCCAACGGCCUUCGUACGGGCAAACCGGUCGAGGAUGUCGCUAACAGCGUGCCCAAAGAUUGGGCGUGGAGCACUUUCUGA